GGAGCUCCGGCUGCAGAGUCCCUUGCACUGGGCUAUAAAAAACCGGGUUAAGCCACGACUCAGACCUAGGAUCCUUCCCACGCCAUGGCCUCAGACGCGCGGCUCCCACCGGAGCGGUCGGCCUCGGAGGAAAGCGCCUUGCAGAGCUCUGGGGGAUUUAGCCUUCUCCCGCCUUCUUCUAGCAAAGCCUCUCCUGCCGCGCCGCCGACCUCCAGCGGGUUGCAGGCGACCCUUAAGCCUGGGGCGGCGUCCUUCUCCGCGCCGUCGGCGAGCGGACCCCUGCUGUCCCAGCACCCGGCAGCGGUAGCUCAGCAAGCCGCAGGCGGGGUCCCUGCUACCGCUCCGGCCGAGUCCCCGCCACCCACACAGCAGUCCUCCCAGCGCGAUCAUGGUGUGCCCUCCGACUGGAGUGGCCUGUUGGACGAGCGCAGGCUGCUGGUUCACUUGCAUCUGGCCCAGCUUCGCGAAGAACGUCUGUGGCGGGGCGGCAACCUCCAGGCUGAGAUCUGCAAUGACCACCAGAAAGUCGUGUUGUGGCUCCUGAAACGUGAGAACAUCUUUCACUUCUCUCAGACCACUUUUAACCUGGCUCUCACCAUCCUCAACCGCCUCCUGGUUUCAGUGAAGUUGAUUCCACACAUAAAAGACUUCAUAAAGCACUAUGGCUUUGGCUACACCCCGAAUGAGCUGCUGAGGAUGGAGCUGGCUAUUCUGGACAGACUGCACUGGGACCUACACACUGGGAUGCCGCUGGAAUUCUUGACUAUAGUAAGCAUGAGGAGUUUGCCGAGUCUCCCUGAGACUCAUUUGUGCCUUUGGAACAGCUGUUCACAACAUAGGACAGCAAAGCACAGGCGUGCACACGUCCUUGCACAUGCACCACGGUGA